UUCGUUUCGUGUAAAACUAAAUUUCUGUCAGUUGGACAAAAUCAUUCUCACUUCAAUACAAAAGACCGGUAUGCACAGUGCAUAUUUGUGAUUCGAUAAAAAUUAAGCAGUAAUUUGCGGGCUUUAAUUGUGGAAAUCGCGACUAUAAUCAACCAUGGGUAAAGAAAAGAUCCAUAUUAACAUCGUCGUCAUCGGGCACGUCGAUUCCGGCAAAUCGACUUCGACCGGUCACUUGAUCUACAAAUGCGGCGGUAUCGAUAAGCGUACCAUCGAGAAAUUCGAGAAGGAGGCUCAGGAGAUGGGCAAGGGUUCGUUCAAAUAUGCAUGGGUGUUGGAUAAACUUAAAGCUGAACGUGAACGCGGUAUCACCAUCGACAUUGCCCUGUGGAAAUUCGAAACGGCGAAAUACUACGUAACCAUCAUUGACGCUCCAGGGCACAGAGAUUUCAUUAAAAACAUGAUCACAGGCACCUCACAGGCCGAUUGUGCUGUGCUUAUAGUCGCCGCAGGCACAGGUGAAUUCGAGGCUGGCAUUUCUAAAAACGGCCAAACCCGCGAACACGCCCUUUUGGCCUUUACCCUGGGUGUGAAACAGCUUAUUGUGGGUGUCAACAAAAUGGACUCCACCGAGCCGCCAUAUUCCGAGACGCGUUUCGAGGAAAUCAAGAAGGAAGUCUCGUCUUACAUCAAGAAGAUCGGUUACAACCCUGCAGCUGUUGCUUUCGUACCCAUUUCGGGCUGGCAUGGAGAUAACAUGCUGGAAGCUUCUGAUAAGAUGCCGUGGUUCAAGGGGUGGAGCGUUGAACGCAAAGAAGGAAAGGCGGAAGGAAAAACGCUCAUCGAAGCUUUGGAUGCUAUCUUGCCUCCAUCGCGGCCAACAGAGAAACCUCUACGUCUUCCCCUUCAGGAUGUGUACAAAAUUGGCGGUAUUGGCACGGUGCCCGUAGGCAGAGUUGAAACCGGUAUUUUGAAGCCUGGCAUGGUGGUGACAUUUGCGCCAGUAGGUUUGACGACUGAAGUAAAGUCCGUAGAAAUGCAUCACGAAGCCUUGCAAGAGGCCGUGCCUGGCGACAACGUCGGUUUCAACGUCAAAAACGUCUCAGUUAAGGAAUUGCGUCGCGGUUAUGUUGCCGGAGAUUCGAAGAACAAUCCUCCCAAAGGAGCUGCAGAUUUUACCGCUCAAGUCAUCGUGUUGAACCACCCCGGUCAGAUCGCCAACGGUUACACUCCAGUUUUGGAUUGUCACACUGCUCAUAUUGCUUGCAAGUUUGCCGAAAUCAAGGAGAAAUGCGACCGUCGUACCGGCAAAACCACCGAGGAAAAUCCAAAAUCUAUCAAGUCUGGAGACGCUGCAAUCGUCAAUCUGGUACCGUCUAAGCCACUCUGCGUCGAAUCUUUCCAAGAGUUUCCACCGUUGGGACGUUUCGCUGUGCGUGACAUGAGGCAAACGGUUGCCGUCGGCGUUAUAAAGUCUGUCAACUUCAAAGAUACUGCUGGUAAAGUAACGAAGGCUGCCGAGAAGGCACAGAAGAAGAAAUAACUAGGCAUAGUUCAGUCUUCUGCCUCGGGCCCCAAGAAAAUCUUCAUCAGUAACUAUUAUUUAUUAUUCUCUAGGUGGCUACAGCAGAAUUAUUUUCAUCGGAAGGAAUUCAGAAGGAAAAACACUUUCCUUCAGUCUCAUUUUAGGUUUUUAUUUAAUUGAACCACUGUAAUUUAUAUUUAUUUAUGCAGGAAAGGGCAUUUCUGAUAGAAUUAAGUUUUGUUUCUGAUAUUAUUUAUUGUUUUUUUCUUUUUUUUUUGUUAUUACUUGGUGAUGAUAGACUUGCAAUUGAUAUGUAAGCAGCUUCUGUAACAAAUAUCCAUUAAAGAAGCUCAGAAUA